UCUCAUUCAGAGUGGGGUAAUCGAUGUACGAGUGUUUUUCUGGUUUUUCAUAAAGAUAUAUAACAACUGUUUUGCACACCUGAAUACUAUGUACUUCGAAACAUUAUCCUUGCAUUUUAUAUUCAUCUGAAACAUUGUUUAUCAACACGAGGGUUUAUGUAUAUAUCGCGAUAAAGAGGCGCAUGUAUAAACAACCUAUUGUACGUAAAUACAUUGUUGCCACCACUCGUGAGCCAAAUAAAAAAGAGCAAUGAAAAAUAAUCAUAAGCGAUAAUAUCAAAACAUGGAAUCUCAAACUGUCAACACGCGAAGAAAAGUAUUAAAUAACGCCGUUUGCGGAAUAUUAGUGGAAUGUGGAUAUGAAACUUGUGACAAACAAGCGUUGGAGACCCUCACGGAAAUGAUUCAAUCAUUUAUAAUCGAAGUCGGCGAAUCUGCAAGAAACUUUUGCGAACUUUCUGGGCGAACGGAACCUCUUGUCGCUGACAUUGUACUUGCGCUUGUUAACAUGGGAAUAAAACUGGAUGGCCUUGAUACCUAUGGGAAAAGGCCUAAUAAGACUAUCCUUCCGCAACUUCAACAACAAACUCAAUCCAAGCAACUCAAUAUUUUGCAAGCUGGUGUCAAGCAGGGUCAUCCUUCUUACAUUCCUAAUUAUCUACCACAGUUUCCAGAUCCUCAUGCUUAUAUUAGGACACCGACCCAUAAGCAACCAGUAACGGAAUAUGAAGCAAUUAGAGAAAAAGCGGCAACACAGAAGCGAGACAUUGAGCGAGCUUUGACCAGAUUUAUCGCGAAAACUGGUGAAACUCACAGUUUGUUUCUUACCGAGGACAACAGCAUGUUUCCACUCGUUGCGUGCAAGCCUCAAUUCCCGUCGUAUUUGUCAGCACUUCUGCCACAGGAUCAGGUUUUCGAACCUGAUCAAGAAUUUCAUUUCGAACCCAGUCCUGUCAAGAAGAAAAAAGAAACAAAGAAAAAUCCCGAGGAAACCGAAGAAUCAACAAGUAUCAAAGUAAGCAGUGAUGUGACCGCCGAACAAAACGAGGAAACUUUGACACAGCAAGAUACAAUUGAUAAUCCAUAUCUACGGCCUGGAAAAAUUCCGAAAGCCAAGAUACCGCAGAACUCAACAACAUUGCUCAAUCCCCAGGGUAUGAGACGAGAUGGCACUGAUAUAGAUUUAUAAAAAAAAAAAUUUCAUUUCAUUUUUGGUUUACGUUACUGUACAUAUUUCUUUUCUAUUCUUGAAUAUGGGCGUAUCUAACAUAUUUACCGUCAAAGUUGAACUUUUUUUGCACUGUCUUCUUUAACUGUAAAUACAUUUUCCAUGUGUGCUUCGGUCUUUGUAAAAUCGAAUGAUUGAACUCACAAACUAUCAGUAAUAAAAAAAACCGAUAGGAUAUUAGUUUUUUUUUCUUUCAAAACUCAAAUGAUAAUAUUUUGAAGAUUUGCGUAACUUUAUUGCAUUGUUCUCGGACUUAGAUUAUCUAUCGUUCAAAAUUUGCGUCAAGAAGUGACCUCAAAGCUAUUCGCUAUGGGUUUUCAGAACUAGUAAUUUUCUAGUGAUUAUAACCAAAAUUCAAAAAAACAUGGGAAGAACACAAAAAUAUUAAGAGAUUUAAUAUAGCAGUGUCGUCCGUUGGUCAUUCACUGUAAAGCUAAGACGACUAAGGUAAUAAAGCUAAGAAUAAUCAAUUUGAAAAAAACUAGAAAAUUUAUAGCUAGUAAUAUUUUUACGUAUAAUAAUACUGAAAAUUGGCCCUACUUUGAAAUAACCAGGACACUGUAUGUGGGGUGGAAAUAUAUUUUUCUACGUUGGUGUAAUGGUUCAGCUAAUUGAUUUUGUAUGAUUAGAAAUCGGAUAGAAAGAAAAACUAGCAAAAUUUUAAUGUUACUUUUCAAAAACACGUGAUUUAACUGGAACUCAUACUCUCAUGACGAUGUAUUAAAAAUAAGAGCUCAAGACACGAAUGAUAGAAACAAUGAAAGUCGAUCAUCAUAUUUUGAGACAAUGAAACAGAGGCUUAUAGAAUCUUGAAUAACCUGUUUUAUAUAUUUUUUUAUUUACGUUCAUCUGGACAUCAUUUAUUUUUUCAAAGCUUAUAACUGAUCUGCAGCCUCAACUGACAUAGUACUUAAACAUUCGAGUUUCCUGACAAAAAUUUCGUGAAUUUUUAUUAUGUUAACUCAUACGUUUGUGAGAUCAUUUUAUAAGAAUGUAACACAUCAAUCUUGACAUCAUCGAAAAUGAUGAUAUUGUACACAAUGAGACGGAAUACAAACAUAGACAACCAUCGAUGUGAAUCUCA